UAAUUUGAAAGCAGCAACCGGAAGUGAGGCGUUUGUCUUUCCCUCACGUCUUGAUAGUGGUGCUCGGAGCCGAGAGGGUCAGGGGGAGGAGAGGCAAGGGAGUGGAGCGAGAAGACGACAGGAGGAGAUCCACCACAGGGGUGACCAAUUUUAACCGGGACCAUCCUCACGGAACAGCGAGGCUACAAAUGGUCCUCCACCCUGGCCGACCAGUCCCUACGCCGAAUCGGAUUGUCCGCUGCGGUCCUGUCGGAGGAGGAGGGGGGAAGGAACAGAAACAGAAGAUGAUCACGACCCAGCAGAAGCCGUGGAGAUAGGCCUGGCAAGCAGAGACUGGUCUUCUCAUUAACCUUGGUCUCUGAUCACUGACUUUGGCACAAACAUCUGGAGCUUUUUGAAGCGACUGGUGUGCCUUUUGACCCCUCCACUCCACCCUCCAUCUAGUCACUCCCACCCUGCAGCCCUGCAGCGUGGCCUCUACAAACCCCUCCUUGCUUCUUCAAAAUUUCGUCCACGGGGAUAAAUGAGUGAACCGGCUGCAAGGGAAAGGGCUGGGACAUGUACCAGAACCCCAACAGAAUGUCCUGGUUCAGUGGUUUCCUAGUCGCCAGAGUGGACGACCGCAAGACUGCGUGGGGGGAGCGCAAUGGCAAGAAGUCCAAACGGAAGGGAGGCUCAUCUCUCUGCAACCCGCGUUACAUGAGCUGUCUGCGGGACCCAGAUGCUAUGGAGCCCCCCUCUGGAGCCCCCCUCCAUCAGCACCACCACCGCGGAGGGGUGGCGGGGGCUGUGGGCGGCGGGGGCAACUUCGGCGUCCGUUGCGGAUGGCAGGAGGACCACUACGGCAAAAGGGGAGGGGCUCCCGGGGAAGGGGUGGGGCUGAAAUCGGUCGACUUGGGCUUCGAGGACGGGGAGCUGAAAGGGAGGAAAGGCGGGUGUAACGGAGGAAGUGGGGACAUGGGCGACGAGGGUCCCAACGGCGCAGCGGGGGUGGUGACGGCUGCGGACUGCUGGCUCAGAGUGGUGCGGGUGUUCCAGUCGAAAAAAUUCCAGUCCCGCAAACUGGAGCGCCUGUACCAGCGUUACUUCUUUAGGCUGAACCAGAGCUCCCUGACCAUGCUCAUGGGGGUGCUUGUGAUCGUGUGCGGCAUCAUGCUGACCUUCCACUGUGUCCACGCCGCCCCUCACGUGGCCUAUUCGUCGGCACUGUCGGUGGCGAUGGCGCUCUUCAUGGCUCUUAUGGUAGUUUGCAACCGCAACGGCUUCCACCAGGACUACAUGUGGAUGGUCAGUUACCUGGUGAUCGGAGUCUUGGUGUCGGUGCAGGUGUUCGGGGUGCUCAUGGUGGCACCCAGGAGCGCUUCAGAAGGCAUCUGGUGGUCCGUGUUCUUCAUCUACAUCAUCUACACUCUGCUGCCUGUGAGGAUGAGAGCGGCGGUGCUGAGUGGAGCAGUGCUGUCUGUCAUACACGUGGUCACCACCUGGCAGAUCAACCAGGAAGACAAGUUCCUCUGGAAACAGGUGAGCGCUAAUGUCCUGAUUUUCCUCUGCACUAACAUCAUUGGAAUCUGCACCCACUACCCUGCUGAGGUUUCCCAGAGACAAGCCUUCCAGGAGACCAGAGGAUACAUCCAGGCCAGACUACAUCUGCAGAGGGAGAAUCAGCAACAGGAACGUCUGUUGCUGUCAGUGUUGCCAAGGCACGUUGCCAUGGAGAUGAAGGCUGACAUCAAUGCCAAGAAGGAAGACAUGAUGUUUCAUAAGAUCUAUAUCCAGAAACAUGACAAUGUCAGUAUUCUGUUUGCAGACAUCGAGGGUUUUACCAGCCUGGCCUCUCAGUGCACAGCUCAGGAGCUGGUCAUGACACUCAAUGAACUCUUUGCCCGUUUCGACAAGCUGGCGUCGGAGAACCACUGUCUACGUAUUAAAAUUCUGGGUGAUUGUUACUAUUGUGUGUCCGGGCUGCCUGAACCCCGGGCUGACCACGCCCACUGCUGUGUGGAGAUGGGUGUUGACAUGAUAGAGGCCAUCUCGUUGGUGCGCGAGGUGACGGGGGUCAACGUUAACAUGCGUGUUGGCAUUCACAGCGGGCGUGUCCACUGCGGCGUGCUGGGACUCAGGAAGUGGCAGUUUGACGUGUGGUCAAAUGAUGUCACGCUGGCCAAUCACAUGGAAGCGGGAGGCAAGGCAGGGCGGAUCCACAUCACUAAGGCCACAUUGCAGUAUCUAAAUGGAGACUAUGAGGUGGAGCCAGGCUUCGGGGGUGAGAGGAAUGCAUAUUUGAAGGAGAACAGCAUCGAGACCUUCCUGGUCCUCGGCUGCAGCCAGAAACGGAAGGAGGAGAAGGCGAUGAUGGCCAAGAUGCAGCGGACGAGAGCCAACUCUAACGAGGGGCUGAUGCCGCGCUGGGUUCCUGACAGGACCUUCUCCAGGACCAAAGACUCUAAAGUCUUCAGACAAAUGGGGAUUGAUGAGACGUCCAGUAAAGACAACCGUGGUGUUCAGGAGGCCAUGAACCCGGAGGAUGAGGUUGAUGAAUUUCUUGGGCGAGCCAUCGACGCUCGCAGCAUCGACCAGCUAAGAAAAGACCAUGUUAAGAAGUUCCUCCUCACCUUCCAGACCUCCAGCCUGGAGAAAAAGUAUUCCAAGAAGGUGGACGAUCGAUUUGGAGGCUAUGUUGCUUGUACUCUACUAGUAUUCUGCUUCAUAUCCUUCACACAGAUUGUUAUCUUUCCACACACACCGGUCAUGCUGGGAAUCUACAUCAGUAUCUUCGUCAUACUCGCCAACAUCCUUUUCAUCUGUGCCAUAUACUCUUGCAUCAAGCUCUUUCCAGCUGCAAUGCAGACUGUUUCAAAGAAGAUUGUCCAGUCUCGCACCAACAGCACCCUGGUUGGAGUAUUUACCAUUAUCCUCGUCUUCAUCUCUGCCUUUGUUAAUAUGUUUGCUUGUGACACUACAAGCUUGGCAGCAUGCGUUGCAGAGAAGCUGAACACCUCUGCAGCCCUGGUGACGCCCUGUCUGAUCCGCAGCUUGAAUGUGUCUGUCGAGGGGGGUCUAGAGAUCUGUCCCAGCGAAGGCCCCUCCUGCCCCUUUCCUGAGUAUUUCAGCUACAGUGUGCUGCUGACGCUGCUGGCCUGCUCGGUGUUCCUGCAGAUCAGCAGCAUAGGGAAGCUGGCCCUCAUGCUGCUCAUCCAGCUCACCUUCCUGCUGCUGGUGGAGUGGCCACAAGUAGCACUGUUCGACAACGCAGACCUCUUUGUCACCUCCAAUGCCAUUGAUUUAAAUGAAACUAGUGCUCAAUGGUCCAGUUUCAAUGAAACUACAAACCAGUGCCCAUUUGUUGUGACCAAAGUGUCCCUGAGAGUCAUGACUCCAGUCAUCCUCACAGUCUUUGUCCUGGCACUGUACCUGCACGCCCAGCAGGUCGAAUCUACUGCACGCCUCGACUUCCUGUGGAAACUACAGGCCACAGAGGAGAAGGAGGAGAUGGAGGAACUGCAAGCCUACAAUCGCCGCCUCCUCCAUAAUAUUCUGCCUAAAGACGUGGCUGCUCACUUCUUGGCGCGUGAGCGGCGUAACGACGAGCUGUACUACCAGUCCUGUGAGUGCGUGGCCGUCAUGUUCGCCUCCAUCAGCAACUUCUCCGAGUUCUACGUGGAGUUGGAGGCCAACAACGAGGGAGUGGAGUGUCUCCGGCUGCUCAAUGAAAUCAUCGCCGACUUCGACGAGAUCAUCAGUGAAGAGAAGUACAGGCAGCUAGAGAAGAUCAAGACCAUUGGUUCCACCUAUAUGGCAGCCUCCGGUCUCAAUGACUCCACCUAUGACAAGGAGGGCCGUACCCAUAUCACUGCACUGGCUGACUAUGCCAUGAGACUGAGGGAGCAGAUGAAGUACAUCAAUGAACAUUCUUUCAACAACUUCCAGAUGAAGAUAGGUCUGAACAUUGGACCUGUGGUAGCAGGGGUUAUUGGGGCACGGAAGCCUCAGUAUGACAUCUGGGGAAACACAGUCAACGUGGCCAGUCGUAUGGACAGCACAGGUGUACCUGAUCGCAUACAGGUGACCACAGACCUCUACCAGGUGCUUGCAAGCAAAGGGUAUGUGCUGGAGUGUCGCGGGGUUGUUAAGGUCAAAGGUAAAGGGGAAAUGACAACCUAUUUCCUGAACGAUGGACCACCCAAUAGUUAGCAGCCAUGGCAGCAGCAGCAGCAGCAGCAGAUGCUGGGAUGAUCCCCCCACUGCAAGGACACAGCACCACUGAGCGAGGACUCACAGUGUGAGCGAAUGGCUAAAAAACUAGAGACGCCAUCAGUUGAGUCCCAAGAAAAGAGGAAAAAAAAACAACUUUUAAGACUUCUAAAGGAAAGUGUUCUUGAUGAGAGGAAAAUGUUCUCGUUUGGCAGCCAUUUUGGCCCACAUACAUGUUGAAGGACAAGUGUUUUUCUCAUGUCUAGCCUCUCUCUCAGGCUUCUUGAAAGAUGCAAAGUCUGUUUAUUUAAAACAACGCCUUUUAGCCUGUGUCAAAAGAAGAUUAACGCUGUACAUAAGGCUACUUUUUAUUUUACUUUGUGUUUCUUUGUUUUGUUUUGUUCAGUAAUUUUUUUUUCACAUGAAUUAUGAACAGGUACUCAUAUUUUGUUUCUGGAUUAAUUAUUUAUUUCUCAAUCUCGAUGUUUUGUGCAAAAGGUCCUUUAUGAAAAAGUGUGAAUACAUACGUGCACAAAUAUCCAGUUUAUUACACGUUUAUAAGUGUGUAUGUACAUGCAUAUUUGUGUGUGUAUGACUAUAUGUAUAAACUGAGGAGGAAAAUAUUGACCAAAGACUAAAGUAUUUACUAAAAGCAAGGCAAGACAUGUUUGAUAUGUUCUCGCUAAAGUCAGCAAUGACCACCACCUCUGUUUUUUAGGCAGCAGGCCUGAACCCUUUGUCUUUUUUGCCCGACUGCUGUCAGCAAAGGUUGCUUCAUUAUUUUCAUGAAAUAUGUACAAUUAAUUUAUUUAUCAUUCAGGCAGCAAAGAGCUGAUCACAUUAACUCUAAAUUACGAUAUUGCCCUCAACCUUUAGACAAAACUACUAAAGACGGCUAAGGAUGUUAUUGGAAGAUGUUAUAUCUGAAAUCUAUAUUUUUAUCUCCGCGCUCUCUCUCUCUCAUUCUCUCUCUCUCUCUCUCUCUCUCUCUCUGAGGAGUAGAAGUAGCUCCAGCUAGGAUUAGGAUCCUCAUCGUCAUCAUUUCAUGUUCAGAUUGGUUCCUCAGAGCUUGAGCAGCCAGUGCACAGCUGGUUUUCAGUCGUAACAGUAUGUUGUCAGCGACUGCUCCUUCCCUUUCAGAGAAGUAUUUUUUGGUGCAAAUGGAAAUGAAGGAACUUCGGAUCAGAGAGUUGUUCCAGAGCCAUCGGGGGGAGGGAUGGAGGGGGUCAGGGUUGGGAGGGGUGGGGGUGGGGGCCUUGGAUUUCAACGCAGUGGUACCACACAGCCAGAUUCUUCUAUGAAGAAGAAAUAGAUGAAGGAAAAAAUAUAUAUAUUGAUUUUGACUGAAUACUGUGCUUUGUAAUCCUGAAGGGGCAUAACUAUUUUCACUGUGAGGUUUUUAUGAUACAACAAAACUGCUUUCUUGCCAAACAUAACUGCUUUGAAGCAUGUCUGAUUGUGGUAUCUUGUUUUCAUUUUUAUUUUAUUUUUUGUUUGUUUGUUUUAACGUAGGGUAUUUUGUAUCACUUCUGUAUCCUUCAUUUGUAUAUUCUUAAUGUUGUUAUUAUUAUUAUGAUGAUUCUGAUUAAUUAUUAUGCUUAUUAUGAUGAUUUCAUUCCAAUGAUAAGGAUCAAAGACCAGCACGCUUUCUUGUAAAAUUGCCAGUUGUAAAGCUCAAGCUCACUGGUACCAACUGAUCAACUGCAGCCAAUGAAUUCUGCUGUUCAAUCCUAAUGUACAUUACAGUAUUUCAACUGGCGAUAGGUGUGAUCAUGUAUAGUAAAGUAAUAACCAUUAGCUGCCUUUGCAGCAGAACCCGAGUGGUGUAUGCUCACAUAAGCAUAGCAGUAAACACACACAUAUACAGAUGAUUCACUGUGCUUUUUUUUUAUGUAUACCACUACUGCAGUAUUGUAAAUCUCAGUCAGGCUUUAAGGUGACCUCUCCCUUCCACACACUAAACUUCUAAGCAGUAACAAAUGACAUCCCUGAUAUAACAGUAUGUGAAGAGGACAGGCAGAAUUAGUAGGCCGACACACAUAUUUCUUUUAUUAAACCCCCCCACACACACACACACACACUCAGUCUUUCAGCGAAAAAGUGAAAAUGCUAAUAGCUGCGUUCAAUUGCCUUAAGUUAAUAUAAAACAAAUCCUACAAUAAUACUGAACAGGAACUGUGCCUGCUUACCCUGUCUGGACUGCUGAUGAUUGGAUGGAGAGAAAGGGAUAAGGGCUUGUCGAGAAUAAUUUUCCAGUGAACAUUGUCAUCAUUGCAAUGAUCUCGGUUUUCUCUGGCUUCAGCUUUUGUAAAAAUUGGGAGAAUCGGCCCUGACUUAGCUCUUCCACCAACACUCAACAAUGGCAACCAACAGUUGAUCAUGUUUGUACCAAAGCCAGCUCACGCAGCCUUGUGCUUAUCGGUCGGUCCCUCCUGUGCAAUGAUUUUUGGCCUCGGCCAAUGGUGGGUGCACCAGAGGACAGUAAUGUUAAGGGAGAUCACCAACUAUAACGUGAACUGUGACCAAUGAAGAGUGAUUCAUAUAAGCAGAGAGUUUAUAGAAUGGACAUGAGUUUCUAAAAAUGUGCAUUGUAUGUAUUCUAUUUCUAUUGGCUGUCCAUAGAGUUGUGUUGAUUGUUAACUCUUGGGAUGUUUUUGGGGGGAACAGGAGAGGGGAGGAAGGUUGUCCCCAUACUACUGAAACAGUGUUUUGCUCAGGCCUGAUGAAUCCUUCCGUAUUCGUUUUUGUUUUAUUUGUAUUUUCCCUGAGUUGGAGGAGUUGAGAGGGGAGUGUUUUUUGCAAAGCUGAAGGACAAGAAGAGUUGAGGACUAUGACAAAGAGAAAAAUAACAUUUCCCCUUGAAGAAAAAAAUAAAAAAAAAUCAAUGGCU